AUGUUUGAUCAUGGAUUUACAACACAUUACAUCAUACAACUGGUUGAACUUUUUAGACAGCAAUUGAGAAUCACAGAGGACAUAAUUAGCACUGAUAAUCUAAUUGAAGUAGUUGACCCUUCUAAAUGGCAAUUAAGAAUCACAGGGAACAUAAUUAGCAUUGAUAACAUAAUUGAAGUAGUUGACCCUUUUAAAUGGCAAUUGAGAAUCACCGAGGGCAUAAUUAACUCUGGUAAUCUAAAUAAAAGGAAUUUCUUCCUAUUGGAUAUUUAUGUAAUAGUGAAGUCACUUGAUCUCAUGGUUAUGAAUGACAUUAUUAAGCUGAGUGAGAAAUAUGUCCGUGCAUUAGCUCAGGAGAGUAAUGGAGUUGUUGAUGGUCCUUAUGCUGGUAGAUUUACUGCUUAUGAUCUGAAGAAGACAAUUGCUGUACUGCUGGAAAACAUGCUGAAUCGCCUUGAUAAAAUGGAAACUUUACUUAACUACCUCAUGCCAAACCAGUCCCUUGCCUACAGAAACAACUUAUCAUUUAAUCUCAUAUCCCAGAAUUCGUAUUUGAAUGCUAAAGAUAUUCUUGCAGGAAAAGUUGAAAGCUGUACUUUGUCACCAAGUGAUAAAAUUUCCCAUCCAUUUUGCACUGGAAAACUUGAGUGGAUGCGACGUAUGUGGAGAACACAUCCGUGUUACAAACUUUAUGGUGUUGACGGUACAGAAUGUUCUUUCUUGAUGUAUCUCAGUGAGGUGAGCUAUCACAGUUGUUUCAUACCUUUUUCUGAAUUGCAUAUGGAAUUCUAAAACUGCUAUUAAGACUAUAUGUGUGUGCUUUUUAUAGA